AAAGUAUUGGCAGUUUAAAUAAUAUUAAAUGUUACAUCAAACUCUAGUUAAUAACUGCCUGAUCCAUAGUAGUGCUAUGCAUUUUAUUCGUCAGUUUAAAUGGUGUAUGUUUUCUCUAUUUGCUACUGCAAUAAUAAUAUUGUACAUGAUGUAUCUGUACAUAAAUUUUUUGGUUACCGCUAGAAAGUCUCCUCCCCAAAUCUUAUUUAAAGAAACAGAACUCAUGAAACUUGUUUCUUAUGAAAAACAUCUUCUAGGGAAAGGCUUUACUUACAAACAGAUAAAAAACAUGUCUCUUCUUGGAAAAUGGUUGUUGGCACCAGAAAAAAGUCUACCACCGGCGAACAACCCCAAAGAAAAUUAUUUAAUCCUAAUAUGGCAGCAUGGAAAACACUUAGCAAACAGGCACAUCAAACGAUUUUCGAACAAGAUGUCAGUUUUCAUCCUUAAUUUUAUCAAUCGAAAGGAUUGUAUUCUUUAGAUCAAUACAAAAAAAUAUGAU